AUGUCGCCGCCCUGUCAGCAGCGAUUGGGGGAAAUGCUAAACGUCUGGAUGGCUCGCAAUUCCGAGGAGGUUCAGGGAUAUGCCGACCAUAACGGCACAAAGAACUUCUUCGAUGCUGUCAAUGCGAUCUACGACCCCAAAACCAAAGGAACUUCACUGUUUCUCAGCUCUGAUGGAUCAGCGCUCCUGACGGAGAAGCCGCAGAUUUCGAAGCGCUGUGUCGAGCACUUCAGAGGUGUCCUCAACCGUCCCUACGCAAUCUCCGACGCCGCCAUCGGCAGACUCCCACAGGUCGAAACGAAUGUCGCUCUGAACCUCCCAUCUUUUCUUCCAGAAACAAUCCGAGCCGUGCAACAACUGGCCGGUGGGAAAGCACCGGAAUUCAACGGGGUCCCAGCUGAAAUCAACAAACACGGCGGCCACCGACUGAUGGACCAAAUGACGACGCUGUUUCAGAUGUAG